CCUCUGGGGUAUGUCAUGGGACGUUUUCAAGUCAUAUGUUUAUGGAAUUCAUGGAAUAACCUGAACAUCAACAUGACGUGGAAGAAUUAUUUAACUUUUGCUGUUCUAUUGGGGUGUAUUUGCAGUUUAGUUAUUGCUGAGACAGAUGAGGACUCGUCCACUGAUUUAUAUGUCAUCGAGGGAAAAGUUUUCCCUUGGGAAGGGGCUGGUGCCACUGCCUGGCAAAUUAUGACACAUGUCAUGGCCAAUGGAGGGGAAUAUUAUGGAUUUUUGCGGGAGGAUGGCACUUUCACAAUAUCCAAUGUACCAUCGGGAUCGUACAUCGUUGAAAUAAUAAAUCCAAAUUACGCGUACGAACCGAUGCGAGUGGAGAUAAACUCCAAGGGGAAAUUCAGGGCGAGAAAAGUCAAUUUGAUUCAGACCUCUCAGGUUAUUCAGGUGCCAUAUCCUCUGAAAAUGAGACCAGUGACACCGUUCCGGUAUUUCCAAGUCAGAGAGCAGUGGAGAGUGACAGAUUUCUUAUUCAAUCCCAUGGUUCUCAUGAUGAUUCUGCCACUAGUUCUUAUCAUGAUUUUACCGAAGAUAAUGAAUGAUCCUGAGACGAGGAAGGAGAUGGAGCAGUUGAACAAUCUGACGAGCUACAACAUGCCGGAGAUGUCGGAGGUCAUUACGUCGUUCCUCUCUGGUGGAGAGAAGCAAAAACCAAAGGCUGUGAAAGCAGCAAAAAAAAGACAAUGAUAGAGCCCUUAGAUUAAUUAUCUCCGCCAUUAAUUCCUGAGUGAAUAUUACAUUUUUCAAUUCUUCGAUUCAAGUUCUGUAAACCAACAAUAAAUAAAUGGAUCAUAAUUUA